UGGUGUCAGCCGCUGUGAGAACACCCCGAGGGAGUCAACUAGUCUACCACCAACUACGUCACUAAUUUAUCCUUUUCCCUGGUUAUUGUUUUCCUCGCCGUCUCUUUCCUUCACUAUGAACCCAACAGAGCCACAUUGACUUAGAUAGGACGACAACAUGGCAUCAAACAGAAGACCGGUUGGGAUAAACUUUGAGAAGAUUCUACAAAGUGUACAAAAUGACGUGCGGGAGAUGAAGAUUGAGUUUGAGGAGAGCGGACUACCCAUCACGGACGACAACAAACAGCUGCACCAGUUUUGUGAGAGACUUGAGUUCAUCUUAAAGUUUGGUCUUAGAGAACGCAACAGUGUUUUAGGUGGGAAGAAAGACCUGUGGCAGUAUUUUUGUAAGUGCCUGGCUGACCGACGCAACAUUCGUGAUGGCCUCAAAAUUGUGAAGGCAAACACUGAACUGAAGACUGGUGUGGGUCGUGGUCGAUGUUUCCUGCGUUACUGCCUGGUCCACCAGUGUAUGGGCGACGUCCUCCAGCAGUGUGUUGAUAACCAGAGUGUAUCUCGACAUUUCUAUCAAGAUGGUGCCUUGUUGACUGAUGCAAAGUUGUCCCCUACACUGUUGAACUGCCUUUAUCAACUCUGUGAUGUGCCUUUUGAUCUGCCUCCCACUGGACACGACCUGGAUGUCUCGUGGCCGACUUUUUCAAGGCAUGGGUCAGCUGGUGGUGGCUGGCUGCCCCCGAGUCGUGCUGUCUCCCUCUCCUCCCUCUCCUCCUACAGCUCUCAGGUGAGUGAAGCAGUAUCACCUCAGCUGGCCAGCCCACCCGGUAUGGCUCCUGUGGGAGAGGACGAGCCAUCACAAGAUUGCCUCGAGAGCCCUCAACACAACACUACACUCGUCAACAUGGAGGCCAGCCUGGAGGUGACCUCCCUACAUGAUCGACUGGCUCUUCUGGAGGAUGAUAAUGCUACACUGCGGGCAUCAUGUGCUUCACUACAACACAAGCUGGACCAGACUCAGCAGGAGUCCGACGUGAGUCCCCCACAGCACGCAGAAAACACAGCAGUCAGUCAGACACCAGACAAGUGUGUACAGUGUGAGCAGUUAUCAGAGGAGUUAAGAGCCAGCAGAGCUAAGUGCAGUGAUCUACAGUGUCUACAACAACGUAUGGAGAACCAGGUUAAUGAACUACAAACACAAGUAGAUAACUUACAGACUCAAGAGACUUAUUUAAAGAACGAAAUUGUUAGUUUAGAGAAAAAGUUGAAGGAGACGGUGAGUGCCGGCGACCGCCUCACUACGGGAGUACACGCACUGCUCAAGGAAACGGACGUGACCGCCGUGCCCAAGGUGACCGUGACACCUGAGCGGAGUCCAGCGCUACAGCCCACCAGCGUGAUCCUUCAGCCAGACACGGACUCUUUACCUCCUCCCCAGCAGGUGCUUGACCACUACCAGUCCAAGUUGGAAAUUUUGGAGAAGGAAAAUCAGACGCUACGGGAACAAUGUCUCACAGCGGAAAAGGAGAAGACCGCUCUGAGGACAAACAUACGCAAGGUGAGUGCUAAUUGGUUUGAGCGGAAGACCAGAGUUAGUGACAGUGACAACGAGUCUCACAACAGUGGAGACGGCAUCUUAAUCCGUCAAGACUCUGGAGCCAGUCGGGAGGAGGUGGGGAUCCAGGUGCCCGACUCCCUGCCAGAUCCCCGUCUUACCAUCAAGAAGGUGGAGGACAUCCCCAAACUCUUGGCAGAAGUUACUUUUGCAACUGGUAAACUUGAGCUGACGGAGAGAAUGUGUUGCGAACUUAAAAGACGCGUUAGGGAUUACGAAACCGUCAUUGACGACCAGGAAAUUAUUAUUCACGGUUUAAAAGACCAGUUGGAUACUUACUUCAACGAUAACCAGAAAAUGUCUCGGCAGCUGAGUGCAUUAACCAAGUUGUUCGAGGAUCUGGAGCUUACCGAGAAGACCCGGGUCAACGCGGUCAGUCCUCCAGACAACAGCAACACAGCCUUCAAUAACUUACCAUCAGAGGAAGACUUUAAAGAAAUGUCUAAUAGUGUCAGUAAAACUUAUAUUAAGUUAAGAGAACUAAUAUUUGAGAAGAAGUCUCUAGUUACAGAAAUAGAGCGCCUGCAGGUGCUCAACGUCGAGCUGCAGCGACGCGUCACUCAGCAGGAGACGAGGCUGCUCGGUGUUUCCGACGCGUUGCACACCACCUGGAUGUUGGUGUCGGACAUGAAGGAACAACACGCACAGUUACAUACUUCAGAGUCAAUUCUCAGAUACGAGCUGAAGGAGAAGAGAGAACUCCUCCACAAGUUGAGGGAGGAGUUAGAGUGCUCGCGUGAACAAUGGCACAAGAUUCGACAGAUGAAUACUGAGAGUGAGGAAGCGUGGAAUUCCCUCAGGGAGGAACUUAACGAGCGGAGACGAAUGGCAGAGCACGCAGCGGAGUCCAAUACGGCAGAGUAUCACGCGGCCGAAGACCAAGGGGCGGCAGCUGCACCAUGCACUUAUUCAGAAUUUGAACCUCCCGUUGACCUGCUGCUCGACAUGGCCAUUGAGUAUGGAGUUAUCGAUGCGGACGACGACACGUCUACUUCGAUGGUCGCCGCCAUGGAGGGAGAGGACAUGCACGCCUCCCGUUUAGAACACCUGGAGGAGCAGUGCAGUUACCUCUAUCAGAAACUUAUGGCCUCUACAGCACGAUCACUGACUCUGGCCUCCAGACUCUCGACUCUUCACCAACAUUAUGGCUCGAGUGAUGAAGAUGAUGAUGAAGAUGAAGAUGAAGAGGAGGAUUACUAUGAAGAGGAAGAAGAACUUGAGAACUACACAACAGAUCACAUUGAGUUAGAAAUAUUGAGUCCUGAGCCAGAGAGUUCUGAUACAGCCUAUAUGAGCGAGGCAGACACCGGCUCUGCUGCUUCGGGUAUUCCCGGAAAUUUGUCCGAGGAAGAAGGAAACACUGCGGGAGGAAGUGCAGACGAGGCAUUUUCCCCGACGGAAGAACAUUCGGACGUCGACGGCGACCUCAGCAAGCGACUCAUCAACUUCCUUCCAAGAAAGAUUGAAAUUCUUCACAGAGACAACAAGAAACUCGAGGAACGAUGCAGCCAACUCAUUGAGGAGAAGACCCGCGUUGAGGCGCAGUUGACGGAAGCUCUUGAGGCCGAGAGGAGACUCAGGCAUCAGAUGGAAGAGAAGUUGGAACACUUGGGCAAGUGUGUUGAUGAACUCAAACUAGAACGUAAUGGCAAGAUCAGUGAGGCAGAAGAACAGCUGAAGCAGAAGGUGGCGUCCCUGAGUCAGAGAGAGGAGGAUUACGAGAGCCUGCAGGAGGAGAUAGACGCCCUUAAAGACAAGUACGAGGAGAGAGGACAGCUGCUCCACAUAGCUACUGACAGAGUUAAGGAGCUUGAGGGAACAUUAAACAAGAGUGAAGCUACAGCCACAGAUGCUCUCUCUAAGCUGAAGCAAGCCAAUACACAGAUCACUGAGUUUCAGACUCUUCACAGUGAACUAGACAAUGAACAUAAGGUGCUGAAAGAAGAAAUGCUUAUGGUGCAGCAGCAAGUUGCAGAUUUGAGAUUCCAGAUUUCUUCAAAGGACAUUGAGAAGGAAACAGCAGUAAAGGAUAGUUUGGAAAAGGCCAAGGCUCUCACUGCUGCAGCAACAGAAAUUAGUGAGCAGGAAGCAAGAAUCUCUGCAUUACAACAAGAAGCUGCAACUCAAAAACAGGAUUUACUGAUUCAACACGAUAACCUUUCUUCAGAAGCCAAUGAACUCAGGCAAAAUCUAAUUGAGCGGGACAGUCAUUGUAGCGACCUAGAUGAACGAGUACAGCAGGCCCAGAACAGUGUUGCUGAAACACUACUACAACUGACCACCACCAGGGAGGCAUCUGAGCAGCUCAAUGAUGACAAUGCACAGCUGAGAGAGAAGAUUAUUCAGUUACUGAGAGAGAAGGAUGCCCUCUGGCAGGCUAAUAUCCGUCUAGAGGGUGCUGCGGGUUGUGGUCGAGCCUGGAUGGACAACAGCAGUGCUCAGAAGUGCCUGGGAUGUAACGUGGCAUUCUCCCUAACGCGUAGACGCCACCACUGCCGUGUCUGUGGCCGCAUCUUCUGUACUGGCUGCUCCGACAAUUGGAUUAUGACCCCAGCAUCCAGUCGACGGGUCAGGGUGUGUGAUGACUGCUUCUCGGUUCAGGCAGAGUUGGCCACACUCAUAGCAUCACCUGCACCACAGAGCGUCAACAACACACAUGAUGGAUUCGUUGGAACUUCUAUGGAGAGUGGAACAGAAGUAACGCAGACCACAGGAUUAUCACACCCAUUACCGAUUGGCUCCCAAGAACCAGACGAUGACGAUUAUGCCAUAAUAUCUGACGACGAGUUACAAAGCUCAAAAUUAUCAUCUAGUCCAAGCAGUGGGUCACCUCCCAGUGCUAGCGACGUAAUAACCGAGACUCGGGCCACUAAGGAAAUACUCACCCCGGACUCCCUUUGUGAAUCACCACCCACGAAUGCUGAGGUGUGGGUGGGGGCGGGAACACGAGUCCUGGUGCCUGUUGAUCUGCCGGUCGGGGUCAUACUUCACUGGAACUUUGUAUCAGAACCUAAAAGUGUGUCGUUUGCUGUGUUACAUCAGCCCCAAGUUAACAGCCACUCUGGGUCAGAUGAAGAAGGAACAGCCAGUCAUCAGCGAGUUUUAAUUCCAACCACCAGAGUAGCAUCAACACAGGGGGCAGCUGUGAGGGGUAGGUUGCUCACCAAGCAGCCAGGAGUAUACACACUGGUCUUUGAUAACUCCUUUUCUAGAUAUACUGCCAAAAAAGUAACCUAUACUUUGAGAUUAGACAACCAAUCAAAUUUAGAAGGAACAUCACCAGUGACGACCUUACACCCUCUGCCAACACCACCUGAAGAUUCUCUGCCUAAACCUUAAGUCUCAUCCAUCUCGCCCCUAUGUGAUUGUUGUCAUUAUUUGCCACAUCUUACAGUGUAUUUAACUACUGCCUGUAAGUUGCCCAAGUAGUGUUCAUCAGGUCUAUGUUGUGGAGAACAUGACUGAUGAAUCCCUUACUGUUGUCUCAUCCAGAAUGUCUUGUAUAAAAGUGAGAAUUUUAGUGUUUAUGUAAAGUAGUAGUUAUGAAAUAUUGGUUUUUAACAGUUAACAAAUUAAUCUUUGCAGCUCACCAAUACAACAAAUACCUGAAGGAUGUUUAAUUUUUGAGAAAUUUACUUUUUAUAAUUUUCAAUACUGUAAUAGUUCCUCACUACUGCAAUUUGUUACGUACUAUGCAUGUAAGCCGAGACAAAAGCUUGGUUGUGUUGGUGAUCAAUUUUAUAUUUUAUUGUAAACAAACUUCACUGUACGUUAACUUUUGUGAACUCUUCGUACACCUGUAUCUGAAUGUAAUUAUAUACUGUAGUCUUAAUAUAAAUUUACAAGUUUUAAUUUGUUGUAUAAAUGAACACUUUUUAAUACUUUAUGAAAAAACAAGUAAACGUUAUGUUACUUGUGCCAAAUUUUAAACGGGACAUUUAAUAGCGUUUAGCUCGAUCUGACGUACUGUACUGUACUGUUAAUUUUUAAUCAAAAGAAACUUUACUUAUGUUUAUCUAUGCCUAAAGGAUAUAUGAUGAUCUGUAUCGACUGCAACAUCUCUCACAAGCAAAUAAUGUUGUGAUGUAUUUUAACACGAGUAACUGUACAAUCACGACAUUUGCGCAUCAAAACUAAAUUAUUUAUAUUCUACGUCGUAAUGAUCGGUCGUCGUUUAUGACUAACACUAUAUCGUGCCAUUUGUUAAAAAAUAUUUGCUACGAGCUUCAUUUGUUUGCUUGUUGAUAUUUCAACAGUGCCUUUAUAGACUAAACAAUAGAGAAGACAAUCAAACUUUUUGAAUGAGAGAGUUUUAUUUCCAUCGUAAUUAUACGGUGUUUCCUUGUAUUUAUGUAUAUCACUACUUUUAUAAAAUAUUUUUACCUUAAAUGUUAAGUAAGUACGGUAAGCACAUACAGAGUAUUAAAUAAAGUAGUUUUAGUAUAUACAGUAAACUAUACUACAUGUUAGAGCUGUACUAAGAACAUUAUGCUAAGUGACAAUUUUUCAACACAGUGCUUUCACCAAAUGUUUAUUCCAAGAUACUUGUUUGUGAUACAAUACUGUACCUCUGGAGUAGUGUACACGCUUCAGAAAUUUUAAUGAGUGGACAGAUGCCCCUCCAGCAGUGUCACACCUACAUACAUAUUAUACUAUGCAGAGUUGGGAACCAAGACUCAGGAAAUAUUGACGAGUAGGAAGAAUUUGUAGCUGUAUUUCGUUUGCUACCUGUACUGUAGGUCUUUACGAAAUCUACCAAUUUAUUUGGAGCCGAGCCCUCUACGGAAUGAUUUAUGAUUUAAAAUAGCUUUUACUAUUUGGUUGCAAUAGAAAGGUUAGAUGUUGUAUUUAUGUUAAUUUCAGGGCAUUGUUGGGAUUAUUUUAUUUUUAAGGUGAAACUUUAUAAAGUGAGAAAUUUUCUAGCAACAGCUAUUAGUCUCAACACUGCAGUUAACCUUUCUGUAAUGUUACUGUAAUAAUCUAUAUAUAUUUUACAAGUACUUGAUUAGAGUAACUUAUAAUCACUUUUAAUAUCUCCAAAUCUCUAAUUAAUUUGCCCUUGAUCCUAUAGAUUGCUUUUCCUACCUUCUUCACUGACCACAGCGAACAAGUCUGAGAAUUAAUAAUUAAAUCAUUCUCGUCAUCAACUGUACCACAUUAACAACUACUUUGUGAACCCAGGCUUACUACUUUUAUUUUACAUAAUGCUUCCUGCCUCAUUUUAUUUUAUUUAUUGACCCAUUGUUAUUCAUCUUUUUACAUCCCCUGUACUGUACUCAUAUUCAGUGACCGUUUAUGUGGUGGAAGAGUUACGCAUUAUUGUGCUGCGGAUGGAAGUUUUUAUUAUAAAUGUAUCGAGCGCAUUUACCAUGGAAGCCAUCAAGACAAAGGUGCUAUACUUUUAUGAUUUUGUAGGCAGUGAAAGUUAACUGUGCUCCUUUGUUAUGCUUGUUCUUUGUAUAUAAUUAUUAAAUAUCUGUCAGAGCAGCAUACUAAAGUACAAGUUAUAACAAGGGUUAAGUAGUGGCAGUAAAUGAACAUCAUCACAAUGUUAAUAAUAGUAUUGAAUAAUGAAUGAUUCCCAUGCAGAAUCAAAUUCCAUUAAGUUAUUCAUUACAGUCUUGUAUUAGUGUAUGACAUACUACACAGUAUGACCUGGGCAAACUUUCAAAGCAAUAUAUUAUCUUACUAGGUUCAUAUCUAUAUAUAAAUAUCUGUGUAUAAAUAUAUUUUGCAAUGUUGAUAUUUUGCUUAAUAAAUUAUUAUAGUUUG